AUGUCCUCCGUCAAACCCACCAUUGUAUUUGCCCCUGGCGCAUGGCACACUGCAAACUGCUUUGAUCCUGCCCGGGAUGCACUUACAGCACGCGGCUGGACGGUCGAAGUUGUCGAAUAUCCCUCUGUCGGUGCCGAACCGCCCACCAAGGGGCUCUCGGACGAUGCGGCAGCUGUUCGCGAGACUCUUCAACGGCUCGCCGAUGAGGGCAAGCCCAUUGUGCUUGUCGUACACUCGUACGGUGGCCUAGUUGGUGCCAAUGCCGUCGAGGGCCUGGGUUACAAGCAACGCGCCAAGCAGGGGAAGACCGGAGGUGUGAUCAUGUUUGUGUAUCUGGCGGCAUUCGUUACGCCACUGGGCAAGAGCAUUAUCGAGAUGCUGGGUGGUCAGCCUUUGCCCUGGAUGAACUUCCAAGGCAAUCAUGUCUAUGCGGAAACGCCCGAGGUCGUUUUCUACCACGACGUUGACGAAGACGGUCAAAAGAAGGCAAUUGCGGCGCUGAAACAUCAAUCAGCUCCUGUCUUCUCUGACGGUGUCAAAUACGAGCCCUGGCACGACAUCGAGUGCAUGUACUUCUUCUGUGAUGACGACAAGGCGCUGCCUCUUCAGGUACAGGAGGGCAUGGCCGGACUACUGGGACCAAACGCUGCCAGCUUCCAUGUCAAGGCCUCCCAUUCGCCCUUCCUCUCGAAACCUGCCGAGGUCGCCGAUGGAGUAGAGCAUGCGGCCAAGGUCGGACAGGAGCGGAUGCAAUAG